AUGUACCUCCAAGAAAAGGCCAUGGCUCACCGGGCUCGUAAUUACGAGUCCGACGACUACGAGCUCCUGCGCAGAAAGACCGAAAGGUUCCCGCACAAGGCCACGCUGAAUUGUUUCAAGCGGCAUCCCCUGUUAGAGCUCUACGAGGCUGCCGGCAGUCUCCGGGAUUGUGCGAAAGCCUGGUGGCUGGACCAAAAUGAUACGGUGUUCUGGGAAAAUCCAGUCAGCCAAGGUGAGGCCAUAACCAAGUACAUGAAAAGGCAGGCUUUGCUGCUCUGCAGAGAAUUGUGGGAAGAGUUCCAAAGCAACGAGAAAAAGUACUGGGAUACACGCAUUCGGAAGACAACUCUAGGCGUGCAGAGACGCCCUGUUGCGACCAUGGGCGACUGGGGACCUCGCAACCUCAAGCGCUACCGGGGCUUGAACCGGGCGCAGAGCACCAUUCUCAUACAGAUGCGGACCGGCUUCAUCGGCCUCAACUCUUUCCUGUAUCCCAAAGGGCUUGUCGACACACACAUGUGUCCUUGCAACCAAGAUGCCCACACAGUUGAGCACCUCUUGUUUGAUUGUCCCCUCCUAAGCAACGCUAGGAGGAACCUUCCCAUCAGGCAAUGGCUACUCGAACCGAUCGAGAUCCGCCGUCACCUGUCGCCGGGACUUCAGAUUCGCGGUUUUUGUGACCUGCUCGACGAGUUCCCAGGCACCGUUUCGACAUGGGCGAUUCACAACUUUGAACUCGCCCAGUUCGUAUGGACGGACCGAUACAUGAUGGACGGUAAUCAGCUCCUGGAGCUCGUUGAGGAGGUCGACAUGGUGAGUAAGAUGACCUGCGAUUUUGAGAUGUUCUAA